CCUAGGAAUCAUGGGGAAGAAAGGGAAGAACACCACUAACGGUGAAUCCGAUGUUGAUCGCACUCAAUAUUACGAUAUAACAAUGAACAUAUUGUUCGCCAUGGUGUCGAAGCCCUAUUAUCUCCUCCAUUUCCUCACCUUCUUCUCUUAUUUCUCCAUCAGAUUCUCCACUUCUCAAUUAUUUUCUCCUGAAUUCGCCGGACACCUCCUCCGCUGUGAACUUCAAGCGCUUCUUGCUUUUGUUACACUAACCGCUGUCAAGAUGGUGAAAGAAAAAACUUGGGAUGGUUUUGUUGCAGAUAUGUUGCUAUUUGCUAAGAUAUUUCUUGUUGGCAUUUCAUUAGUUCUGGAUUAUCACCUUACACUCUGGUUCAUGUUAGCAUUUUUAGUUAUAUACAUCUUCACACAACAACCUCCCUACACAGGACUAGGCUCUUCAGCACAAUUAACACCCUUACAAUUAGAAGCUUUAUUAACCGAAGGUGGCACAUCAAAAUUUUGGCUGGUUAGCUUCACAAUUCUAUAA